AUGAACCUGAUAAGGUCUAAUUACGAUACAGAUAGUGACGUUGAAUCAGAAAUCGAAAGGGAACACGAACAGGAACACGAACAGCUACCCUGUAUACCUGACAAAGUGAUUUAUAGAUACCAGAAAGAUCCAAAGAUGAGUACAAGUUUGUCUCAAUUAUCUAAGAAAAGAAACUGGUCGGCGUUUGCAUUCAUUGAGUUCCAAUUGACGCAGCAGCAACUUUUCGUGAUGAAUAAUCUCGUGAGGGAAGUUAAUGAGACCAUGAAGACAGAAAAGGUGUAUUUCUCACCUCUUUUUUACGGACGAAUGAACGCAGUGAAGCCGCUGCACAUUUCUCUUUCACCAACGCUCAUGUUUCCUGACCAGCAGUCAAUUAGUGAUUGGAUUCAGGCAUUCAAAAGCAAAAUAACACAGGAUACUACAUUGAGACGAUUCAAUGUUCAUUUGCAACCAGAAUGGAGUCUUUAUCCAAACUUUGAUAAGACAGUCUGGUUUUUAUCACUGCCGGUCGUGCGAAACUCGGGGCAAGAAGACAUAUUGCCAAAGAUAACAGGUCAUUUAAAGACAUCUAGUAUGGAACAUGGUGCGAGUUUCGGACAUCUUUCCUUUGAAGAGGUACUCGAAAAGCUCCAUUUAUCUGUAGCAUCCGAUCCAAACAACCCCACAAGUGUCAAGUUCCUUCGAAAUCAAGACCAGAUUGGUCUAGAACACAAUCUGUUAAAACUUCAAAAGAGGCUACAAAAUGCGAAUAGCCUUCUCCAAACCAGCGGCAUCGCCCAAUUUCAGGUUAAAUGUACCGAACUUAAAAUCAAACGCGAUAACUCAAUAAUAAGUAUACCGUUACCGUACUGA